UGGCGUCAUCAGCACGCGCCGCACCCGGAAGAGACGUGGCAGCGGAGGGAUAAUCGGAGCGUUCUGAGCUGGAGAAAGCUGAGCGAGAACUCUGCUGAGCGCAGUCUGACCUUCUGCGCCUCGGAGCGGAGCUCGCGCCUCUGGGGACCGGUGCAGCCCCGAAUUGGUAACACAGAGGUCGACUAUGGGGCUUUGCAAGUGCCCCAAGAGGAAAGUGACCAACCUGUUCUGCUUCGAACACCGAGUCAACGUCUGCGAGCACUGUCUGGUAGCCAAUCAUGCCAAGUGCAUCGUCCAGUCCUAUCUGCAGUGGCUCCAAGAUAGCGACUACAACCCCAAUUGCCGCCUGUGCAACGUACCCCUGGCCACCCGGGAGACGACCCGCCUCAUCUGUUAUGAUCUCUUCCACUGGGCCUGCCUCAAUGAACGUGCCGCCCAGCUACCCCGAAACACAGCGCCUGCUGGCUACCAGUGCCCCAGCUGCAGUGGCCCCAUCUUCCCUCCAGCCAACCUGGCUGGCCCGGUGGCCUCCGCACUGAGAGAGAAGCUGGCCACGGUCAACUGGGCCCGGGCAGGACUAGGCCUUCCUCUGAUUGACGAGGUGGCGAGCCCAGAGCCCGAGCCCCUCAACACUUCUGAGUUCUCUGACUGGUCCAGCUUUGAUGCCAGCAGUAGCCCCACACAAGAGGAGACAGCCAGUGCUUCUGCUGCCCCAGCCUUCUACAGCCCAGUCCCCCGGCCGCCCGCUUCCCCGAGCCGGCCUGAGCAGCACACGGUGAUCCACAUGGGCGGUUCUGAGCCGCUGACUCACGCCUCGGCCCCGAGGAAGGUGUAUGACACGCGGGAUGAUGCCCGGGUACCAGGCCUCCACGGGGAUUACGACGAUGACAAGUACCGUCGCCGGCCUGCCCUGGGCUGGCUGGCCCAGCUGCUCAGGAGCCGGGCUGGGUCUCGUAAGCGGCCGCUGACCCUGCUCCAGCGGGCGGGGCUGCUGCUGCUGCUGGGGCUGCUGGGCUUCCUGGCCCUCCUUGCCCUCAUGUCUCGCCUGGGCCGGGCUGCGGCUGACAGCGAUCCCAACCUGGACCCGCUCAUGAACCCUCACAUCCGUGUGGGGCCCUCCUGAGCCCUUGCUUAUGGCUGGGCCAGCCCAGGACCUCGGGGCCUGAGGGGAGGGGUGGAGGGGGAGGUCUGGGGGCCCUUCUCUGCUCUCCCUCAAGCCUGAGACACUAAGAUCCCAGGCCCGAAGCCAAGCCCACCAGCGUGGCUGCAGGCUAGGCCUGGGGUCCCCAACUUGACCUGCUUUGCCUGGGUCUCCAGCCUCCCCCCCCCAGCCCCCCAAAGGAGCUGACAGGUGGAAAUAAAUGAUAGACUUUAUUAAAAUGCC